AUGGUCUUUCUGUUUUGCUUGUUAUUAACACUUUAUGUUUCGGCGAUAGACACUUCUGUAUUUAACACGUUAAGGAUAUAUCAAGUGAUGGUUUCUUCAUUCCAAGAUGGAGACAGUAGUAAAGGGUAUGGGACUGGGUAUGGUCCUUCCUCUCACAAAGGUGAUUUACGUGGAAUAAUUAAUUCGCUCAAUUACAUCAAAGAUUUGGGGAUGAAUGCACUUUGGAUGACGCCAAUUUUCAAUUCCAAUGGAAACAGUCAACUCGAUUCCACUGGAUACUUCUGUUAUGAUUAUUUCAAUGUAGAUCCCAAGUUUGGGACCAACGCAGAAUUAAAAGAGUUAGUCACUAAAGCCCACAAUUUAGGGAUUUACGUCAUAUUAGAUGGGGUCUUUGGGCAUCACAAAUCAGGGAGUGUAGCUGCUUCUCCGAGUGGGAAGUAUCCUACUGGUGGUAAUGACCCUGUGAGUUAUCCUGGUUCUUUAGCUUUCUAUGAAGAAGUAGCGACGUAUUGGAUCAAUACCUAUGAGAUUGAUGCGUGGAGACUUGACCAAGCCUAUCAAGUUUCGACUCGCAAUCAAGACCGGAACUAUUGGAAAGACAUUCGCGAGUUAAUUGAAUCGACUUGUGAUAGUAGAAAAUCUCAAGGGAAGAAAUGGGGUACACUUGGGUAUAUGGUAGGUGAGAUUUGGGAUUCUGCAGCUAAUAUCAAUGCGUGGGGAUAUUAUGCAUCAGGGGGAUAUGGUCUCCGAAGUUGUUUCCACUUUCCUGGUCGAUACAAUUUAGUACAGACUUUAGCGUGUGAAGAAUCUGGAGCUGGUGGGUAUGAUGCUUCCAAUUUGGCGAACAUUUUUAAUGCGGGAUAUCCCGAUUAUGCUUAUCCAAAUAUGUUUUUGACUAAUCACGAUUUGGUCAGAUUUGGUAAUUUGAUUCGAAAGAAGUAUUCAUAUGGAAAAGAAAAUUCACUGUAUUGGGGAAGACAUAAAGCCGCUUUGGCUUUCUUGGCUACAUACACGGGACCUAUCACGGUCUACUACGGUGACGAAAUUGGAGAUCUUGUGGAGUGCUACUAUAAACCAGGAGACUGCGGAGGCGCUUACAACGACAACGCGGCUCGAAGCGACGGGAAGAUCUCGGGGUUCGAUGCAAAGCAACAAGACUUGCACGAUUUCGUUAAGAAGCUUAUGACACUCAGAGCACAAAAUUCGGCUUUGUAUAAAGGCAGCAGACAAAACCAAGACGCAAGUGGGUCAUUAUAUAAGGUCGAUAAGGUAGAUGGAUCAAAUAAAAUUCAAGUCUUAAUUAAUACAAAUACAUGGGAGUAUGACACUAAAUGCGGGUCGGGAACUGAUUUGAUCACUGGAAAAAGUUACUCGGGAACAUGUCAUAUGGCACCUUUCGGCGUAAUUUUGCUGAAGAUAUAA